UAGCCUAUAUCUCGUAAAAACGACAUUCAUUUGGCGUCAGUCUGUUUGUGAACUUCACCGGUUGAAGAUCUCGCCGAAUCGCUGGAUCGAUCUAUCAUCGUUGUGCCUCCCCAAGUGUGAUCAUUACUUUGUAAUUUUGUGCCUAAUCAUCUCCCCCCUGAAAGAGCAACAUGGAUUUCUACUACCUGCCAGGAUCUGCUCCAUGCCGUGCCGUCCAGAUGACCGCGGCUGCCGUUGGAGUUGAGCUGAACCUGAAGCUCACCAAUCUGAUGGCCGGGGAGCACAUGAAGCCGGAAUUCCUCAAGCUCAACCCCCAGCACUGCAUCCCAACCCUGGACGAUAAUGGGUUCUCCCUGUGGGAAUCCCGCGCCAUCUGUGCCUAUCUGGCGGAGAAGUACGGCAAGGACGAUUCCCUGUACCCGAAGGAUCCCCAGAAGCGGGCCGUGGUCAACCAGCGACUAUACUUCGACCAGGGUACCCUGUAUCAGCGGUUCGCCGACUACUUCUACCCGCAGGUCUUCGCCAAGCAGCCGGCCAACCCGGAGCUGGAGAAGAAGAUCUACGAAGCGCUCGAGUUCCUGAACACCUUCCUGGCCGGAGGCAAAUACGUGGCCGGUGAUCACCUAACCAUUGCAGAUCUGAGCAUCCUGGCGACGAUCUCAACCUACGAUGUGGCCAAGGUCGAUCUGGCCAAGUACUCGAACGUAUCCAGCUGGUACGCUCGGCUGCGCAAGGAAGCCCCCGGAACGGCCAUCAACGAGGCCGGAGCUGCCGAGUUCAAGAAAUACUUCGACUGAGCUGAGCCUGCGCGAAGUGUGUUUCGUUUGGGUGUUAAAAUUUGUUUUGGCAAUAUUUAUUUUAAUAAAGCGCUCUAAUUUGGUUAUCUGAAAA